CUCUUUAUAAUGGCAGCUCCAUCGUAUACAAAAUGAACUGACUUCAAAAUGGAUUAUGCCAAACUUAGGAGCUAUCGACACGCUGAUCCACUAAAGGUGCGCCAAGUAUGGGAUGCUCUCAGCGUAGUCAAGUCUAAUAGACCAGCAGUACCAGCCGAUAAAAUAAACAAAACCCUUCGAAAAACACUAAAUUUAAAGGAUGAUCAGAUUAGACUAUUACUUGAUGAAAUCGAAGGCGAUGGACUAAUUGAAAAAAUUGAACCUCCUUUUGGGAAAAAUGGUAUGGUACGCUAUCAGCUUCCUGAUUUUACAAAACCAUUCCCGAGAGGAAAGCAUGACUGGUAUUGCUUCCAAUGUCAUCGGCCUGGUGAAGUGCUACGCUGUCUCGACUGCUUCCGUGUAUAUCAUGCUGACUGUGUUCAAGAAGCUACUGGUCCCAGCAGCCCUUCUAGGAGGUCUAUGCGUUCACCCACCCUUCAUGAUGGUCAAGACAACAAUUUUACCUGUCCUGUUUGCGAAUCUAGACCGAAAUGUGAAUUUUCCCGUAAACAAAUAAGAAAACUGUUGGAAUUUGCGACACAUCAUCUAAGAAAACAACCAUUGUGGAAGACAUUUCUUCAGGUUGGUUAUGCAGGUGAGAUAACGAAAAACGAAUAUCUUGUAUACAAGUACACUGAUCUGGAGUUAUUGCAACGUAAAAUAAAAGAUGGUCGUUAUGCUGCCUUGGAAGAGUUUUCUAUGGAUGUACAGUUGCUUGUACAUGAUGUCUGCAUCCUGCAUGGUCCUUAUAGUAAUCAAGCGGAUGAAAUCCGGUUUUUCUUUCGUUCUGUGAAUACGGAAUUAAAUGAAAUUCAACUCUGUACUGACUGUUACAUUAAUGCGAAGGCGCGAGUUACAGAUUGGAUAAGUAAACCCUGUAAACCACGUCACGAAUUAAUAUGGGCACGCAAUCGCACGUCAGCUGGUGCUGGUUUGUUUAAUGAUUCUUCAGUUGCACAGUUCUACUGGCCAGCAAAAGUUUUGUUAGAGCGUGAUGAUGGAUAUGAGAUACGUUUCUUCGGUGGAUCACAUGAACGAAUGUUUGUCAAAAAGACGCAUACACGUGCUUUUCAUCUACCUGCUGAUGAAGUUGGUGUGCUUCGUCGGUCGAGUACCACAGGUGGUGUUUCAGGUGGAGGAUUUGAGCGAGCAUGGAAUGAAGUUAGUAAACUGCAAGCCAAUAUUGAUAGUGGAUAUUAUACACAUUCUUCUGGUGAAAGUGACCUCCCACCAUCAGAUGAUGACUAUUCAGAUGAAAUGUAUCUCGGUCCACGACGUAAAAUCAUUAGUCAAAACCAACGUUCACACCGUCCAGAUAGUCCACGAUCUUCUUUAACAUCAAGCAACAGAAAAGGAAAUAAAAGGAGGCGUCAUACGUCUUCAAGCAGCCAACAUUCAACCAGUAGUGAAACGCCUACUGGUGAUUCAAACACUCAUGAUGACUCACCUUGUCCACGUUCAGGUGGUAAACGCUUCAGAACUCAUGGUCCUUCCGUAAAUUCACAUACGGGUUCUACUGAUAAAAGGUCAGCGAGUAAUCGUCUUCCAAUGCCAGCUGUUCAGCCUGGUACUCCUGGCGCUGCAGCAAUAUCGGCACUUGCGGAAACAAAGGCAGCUAUGGCUGCUGCAGUCGGAUCUACACGUAGACCAGCGAGUUCAUUUACUGCCGAUCUUUUGUCUUUAACUCAUCGUGAACAUGAUAAACCUUAUAGAAAACCGUCAAGAGAGAAUCAUUUAAAUACUAAUUUACGAGGUCAGCGGGGUAGGGGAAGACCUCCACUUCGAGAUAAUAAAGGAAGACCUAUCCGGCGACUCAAGUAUCAAAGUUCUUCUUCAUCACCACGUUCUUCAGUGAGCCCAUCUUCAUCUGUUUCAUCAGGCUCUUUGUCAGAAGCAGAAGAUCCCCCUCACUCCGUAAACAAUGGUCCUGAAAAUAAUUGGCGCUCAAAUCAAUCUCCUGAUUGGAAAAUUAAGAAAUCUGAAAAGCCGCGUCGCGGGCGUCCACCCAAAUCCAGAGGCCGUAUCAAAUCUACUAAUGAUAAUAGUCGUUCGGAUUGGUGUUCACCGACAGCUGGAAGUUCAGAUGCUGAAGGCAAUUCAGAUAUAUGGACAAAAUCUAGUUCAUCAAAUGCUAUUAAACCUAGUCCAACUAGAGGAAGACCUAAAUCUGCACCAUUUGCCAACAACUCUUCUAGUCGUGUUGAUGGUGUACAUAAAAGGCGUAUGACUACUACUCCAAAUAAGAGUUCAACUCAAGAUACAACUAAUUCAGGGGGUAGACGUUCUAAAAAGUAUUCUAAACAUAUGGAUAAUAAUUUUAGUGGUGUACGAGAUGAAGAUGAUGAACUUACUGACCGUUGUGAUUCACCAAUUGGAAAUGAUACUCAAAAUUUAAGACAUUCAAACAAUCAUCGAUGGCAUUCUCAUCACUCUUCAACUAGUUAUCAUACACCAGGUACUAAUCCAAUUUCGCCUACACGCAAACCUGGAGUUAAUGAUUCUGUUCACAAAAUAUCACCAACAAAAAGAACACCUACGAAACGACGCUCAUCCCAUUCUAGUAAUUAUAGUUCAUGUUCUUCAGCCUCUUCUUCAGAUAUGGAUGAUAAUGAUGAAGGUGGACGACAACGUCAUAUUAUCAAAAUGGAUGAUGAAGAUGAUAUUGAUGAUCGUAGAUUCCGUAGUCCAACUCGUAGUGGUUCAAGUCAUAGAGAUAGAACUUCUGGUGCAAGUAGUACAAUGUUACGUCGACCACCAUUUGCUCCACCAUUAAAUGUAUCCGGAUCCAAUAGUAGUUCAAAUGCUGUUAACGAUCGAAAUAAUAACUUGUCUACUUCUGGAAAUUUAUUCUCUCAUACUGGUCAAAAUCUUUUUUCACCAUGCAAUGAUUCAAUGGUCUCAAUGAACUCUUCAACAAAUUCAGGUCUAUCAUCAGCCAAUAGAAUGAGUGGUUCAGUUCACCCAAAUAAUUCAGCAAAUUCUAAUAUGGCUUCAAAUUUUGUAUCACCAGGUGCCUCAACAAAUAAUAAUAGCUCAAGUAAUAAUAAUAUUGUCGGUGGUCCAGGUAUGUCAACCUUACCACGUUCCCAUCUGCCACCGAAUAAACGUGCUGCUGCUGCAGCAACUGCCGCAGCUUUAAACAGAGAUUCUGUUGGAGGAGUAAGUGAUAGUCCAGGUGAAACAAGUCAGCGUCAGUCUUCUGUUAAAAGUCCUGAAGUUUCUUUAUCAUCCCCUCCUAGAAAACAAGUUCAUAAAGGCAUUCAGACGCCAGCAAGUAUGGAGAUGCCGACCUCCUCUCAACAACCUUGUACACAAUGUAAAGAACGUGAAGCUGAACGUUUAUCAGCAGCUAAUGAAACUAAAAAAGCACUAAAAGAACUUGAAGAGAAGCUAACAAAUCAAUUUAAAGAGGAGAAAGCUGCUGCACUACAUUCUGCACUUGAACAAGCUCAAGCAAGUGCACGUGAAGCUAUUGAACAUGAACGUAAACUUGCUCGUGAAACACUAGAAGCUGCUGAAAGUCGAUUUGCUGAAGUAAUUAUUCAGACAAAACGUCGUCAAUGGUGUCGUAAUUGUUAUAUGGAAGCUAUAUAUCAUUGUUGUUGGAAUACAUCUUAUUGUAGUACACAAUGUCAACAAGAACAUUGGCAAAAAGAGCAUAAACGUCAAUGUCGUAGAAAACGAUGAUUCAACAUUGACUACUCACUUACACACAUACACACACAUACAUAUAUAUAUACAUACUGAUGCUAUCUUUUAUUUUGUGUUGUACAUAAUAAUUUUAUUAUUUCGUAUUUAUUUAUUUAUUUAUUCAUCUUACAUGUACAUUUGUUUUCUUUUCUCUCUCUCUCUCUCCUUUUGGAAAUUUGAUAAUUAUGUCGUCAUGUACACGCAUAUGCCUACUACACCACACUAUUGACACACCAGUUAUUAUUUAUUUUAAAAUGCCGUACUUUUAUUUGUGUUUUUAGUGUUUUACUCUCAUUAUUUCCACAAACUUGCAUCAUCAUCGUCAUUAUCACUACACACACACUUGUUUUUUAGUCAGCCAGAAGAAGCAAAAAGCAUUUCGAAUCGUAAUAAUAAUAAUAAUUGUUGUUAUUGUUUUGAUUUUCCCUACUCUUAGUGUUGUUUAUAUUUUAUACUAUAUUACAUAUAUGUAUAAUGUGUGUGUUUGUAUAGGCAGCUGCUUAAUAUUUCCUAUUAUUAUUAUUAUUAUCACCAUCAUUAUUAUUGUUAUUGUUCCAUUUGAUGAUAAACGUUUGAUUAUACACCAUUCACCCCUAGCCAUCCCUUCGUCCACCGUAAAUCAACAUCUUCGUAGAGAAGUUUCUGUGUUCCACAAAGAUAGAUAUUACAAAAUAUUUAUUGUGUGAGCUUUUUUAAUCUGUGUUCAUAAUUGAUUAAUUUUCAUUUGUGGUGGCUCUCUCUCUCUGAGUGUGUCUCGCCCUUUCCCUUCUCUCCCCGCCCUCAAUCCAACUUGUGUGUGUGUUUAAUCAUUGUGCUGUGUGGUCCAGUUUGUGUAUGUAGGUAACUGUAAUUUCUUUGAUUUUUGUUUUUAUACCUUUUUUUGUAUCAUAAUUACUAUUUUAUCCUUCCUCUAUCUCUUUAUGUAUGU